AUGGAUCUCCGCAACCACCAUAUUGUCCUCUUGAUAUUGAACUACUUUUCCCUCCUAGCAACACCCCAACGCAUCUUCAUCGACCAAGUCCCCGCCUAUGCCGACCUACCCAUCUGCGCCGUCGUCCCCGUCAGCUCCAUCGUGCGCGGCAUGACGAGCGGCUGCGGUGACGGCGGCGCCAUGACCUCAUUCAGCUGUUUCUGCAGCAAAAGCUCAAGCAAGUUUGCGAGCAUGAUAGCGACGGACGUGCGCUCCAAGUGCACCUCUACAGGGUCUGAGUCUGUGACGAGCGCGGCGCUGGAGGUGUUCGAUAGUUACUGCCAUAUGACCGAGGCUGCUACCGGUAAAGAAGAACUCUUCUCGUACGGCGUCGCUGCCUACCGCGUGGGCGCCUAA